AACCUAACUGGAGCAAGAACUACCAUCCAGAAUGGGAUUGUGGCAGCGUUCUCAGGACUGGAAGACACCAUGAGCCCGCAGAAAAGUAGAGCUAGCCCGAAGGUUUGACAGUCGUCAUUAAACAAACGCAAGAAUAAACUCGUUUGUAGACUAUUGCAACGCGGGAAGCUGAAAUACAGAACAUGAGUGUUAAAUCAUAUGGUUAGCGGAGUGCAGAACGAGGAGAAAGAGGAACUUGGCAGUACAGACUCUGAGAGACAAAAGGGCUGCAGUACAGGACGAAGCACCUUCCGAACUUGCAAAUACAACGUUUGAGAACAUUUUUUUUCCUUCUGAAAAGACUCAUAAUUGGCGAUUCUUGCACAGCUUGAUUCCGGGGGGCAAGCACAGCCAAGAACUCAUCCCUCUUUUCAUGCAGUGAAAUUCCGGUGGAAAUUUAAGAAGCAUCCGGAUCCGUAGACAAAAGAACGGGAAAGCCUGACAAAAAACCCUCUCAUGACCAGCUAGAAAACGGGGCUGCACAGCAUUGACAUAAAAACAAAAUCUACACAGGAGUAAAAACGAAAUGGGAAAAGGAGCUCUUCCUAGCCUGUAACAAUGUAUCCACUACACAGAGAAAGGGAGCAGCCGAUCUUCAGUUGCAGGGCUCACGUCUUUCAGAUCGAUCCGGCCACAAAGAGGAACUGGAUCCCCGCCAGCAAGCACGCUGUCACUGUGUCCUUCUUCUACGAUGCCACGAGAAAUGUCUACCGGAUCAUCAGCGUUGGGGGCACGAAGGCGAUUAUCAACAGCACCAUUACGCCCAACAUGACGUUCACCAAGACAUCGCAGAAGUUUGGCCAGUGGGCAGACAGCCGAGCAAACACUGUGUAUGGCCUGGGGUUUGCUUCAGAGCAGCAGCUGCAUCAGUUUUCCGAACGGUUCAAGGAGGUGAAGGAGGCGGCACGUCUUGCUCGUGAGAAAUCUCAGGACAAGUUUGAGCUGACCAACCCUGCCCUGAACAUCGCAGCCCCCCAGCUGUCUCAGCUGUCUCAGGACCUGUCUGAAGACCUGCAGUCCCCCCCAGUUCUUUGUGUGAAUGGCCCCGGAGAGGACAAGCUGUACCGCAGUCAGAGUGCCGAUAUCGAGCUCUCCUCCGAGAAGGAGCGCCUGAAGAAGAUGCUGUCUGAGGGGUCGAUCUGCGAGAUGAACUGGGAGGCGGAGCUCUUCACCCUGCAGGACAGCAACACCAAGCUGGUGGCUGCUCUGCACGAGGCCAACGCCAACGUGGAGGAGUGGAAGAAGCAGUUGGCGGCCUACCAGGACGAGACCGAGAGGCUGAGGGAUCAGGUGGCAGAACUAGAGGCACACAGUGGGAAGCACAGGCCUGGUGACAUUGGAAAAGAUGAGCUGGCGCAGUCCCUGGAGGAACUGGAGUCCCUGCUUAAAGCAAAGGACGAGGAAAUCCAGAUGCUGCAGACCAAGAAAUCGGACUUCAAUGAGCUCGAGCAGGAGAGAGAGGAGGCUAUUCACAGACUCCAGGAACUGGAAGUCCGGAACAUGGAGCUGGAGAGACGUGUCCAGGGGGCGGAGCAGACGCUGGCGAGCACCCUGGAGGAGCGGGUUCGGGCGGAGAGCGAGCUGCACAGGAUCAUCGACAUCCUGGACGUGAAGAUCUUCGACCUCAACGACCUGAGACAGAGCCUCACCAAGCUGAUCGACAAAUAGCCGCCUCUCGGCCGGCUCGGGGGGCGCCGAGGAGCUUGCUGGGACAGCCAGCUUUGGUAUAAAAGCACAACCUUUUUCUGGGGAGGAGAGGUGGAAGCCAUUGCUGUGAGUUCUGCUGCGAAGCACAUUAAUUAGCGAAAAACCAGUUAGCGCUAGUCAGCGUGGCACCUGUAGGACCCAGUAUAAACUAGAUCAGUGUUUCUUGGGGAUGUUUUAAAUUGUUUUCCUUUCAUGUAGUUUCACACUAGACUUCAGCAAGCUGUUAAGACUUAAGCUUUAGAGUAUUAAACUUUGGUCAGUAUUAUUAUUUUUUUUUGUGAGAGGUAAUGUUCAGGUUUGUUUGUUUUUUUUUAAAAAGGCAAAAUCGUGCUCCUUAGGAUUUUGAGCACCGGAUACUAAGGACAGUUGUCCUUCAGUACAGUGGCCAAUCUUUCUCUCUUUGCACAGUUGGACAGCUUGGAGGCUCUAGUGCCAGCAGGGUCGAAGUGAGCAUUACUUGAUCUGUUCCGCAUGAAGCUACACUUCUCAAUAGAGAAAUAAUGGAUGGAAUUAGUGUGGGGGGAAAAAUCAUGAAUUCUUCAACUUGUACUUGAAUGCCUUUUAUAGUUAAAGAUAUUGAUCUUGUUAGAUGACUAACACCUUAAAAUAAAUUGCCACUUUUAACUGGCUGCCAUUCACACUCGGAGAGAAGUGGCAAUUUUGAUACUUCGUUAACAGUGACGGCAAAAUCAACACCAAUUUUAAUGAACAAGUGCAGGAUUGUCAAAAUGGGUACUUUCAAGUGUAGGUUAAGAGGUGGUAGCUUUCAAACUGGAUGACACUCGUUAGGGUUUGGAUUGUGAGGAUUUUAAUGGGCUCCAUCUGUGAGGGAAUGGUUUUUGUUAAUUUAGAUUAAACAACAGUUUGAUAUAUGGGAAUGCAUGGUUUUUAAAUCUGUUGCACAUAGUGAACACCGAGAACUACAAUGAUGGGUAUAUACAUCUAUGUACCUUCUAGUUGAUCAUUUACAGUGAAUCAGUCUGUACAUACAUGAGAAUUUAAAACCUCACAAGUCUGUUCUUAUACGGUCUUUUUUCGCAAUGGUUUGAUAGAUUAACAUACAUCAUUAUUGCCUUUUAAUGCACACAAUUGAUUUUCUGGAAGUGUUAAUUCUUUUUGCACCAAAAAUAGAUAUUGCACAAUUAUAGUAUCAGUUAUCAUGUACAUACUUGACAUGUAUAGCAGAAUCGUGUGGAAGAAAAGCUGGGUGUACUUUCAAAUCAAGGCUGUUAACUGCUUCCCUUUGGAGUGUCCAGUUACAGAUUGCUAAGCGGCUUACUGUCUGGAAAAAGGGCUAUAAGGGUUCCUCUUGCUGCUUUUUAUAUCUGAAUCCGGGUGUUUUAAAGUCUUCUUUAACACCCCUUGUUUCCUUAGUCUUACUGGAGUCAAUAAUCGGAUCAACAGCCUUCUAAAAUGAAUACCGAGACAUAUUUUUACAGAAGUCUCACUGGAAAGAAGGAAGGAACACUGCAGCUCCGACUUUCUGACUUCUUUUUUCUUUUGAAAAGCUUGCAAAAAGCCUGUUGUACAGUCCUUCUACAUCAUCAUCAGCCACAAUGUGUCAGUGUCCUUCCACUUUUCGUGUUUUUUAAAAGGCAUCAAAUUUAAAAUGUUCUUUUCAACAAAAACUAAGUAUAUGGUGUUAACCCCAUCUAGUAAUACCAAGAGUUCUCCUGAUUAAAGUAAUUGGCUUGACAAGUUGGAAAAACAGGACAGUUCAAAAUGGCUGUUUAAUAUCAUGGACUGAAUGCUGAAACUGAGAGUAUGAGAAGCCAUUAUCGGGUGGUAUGUACUGAAAAAAUAAAAUGAAAUGUGAAGGAUUUUUUUGUUUUGCUAUUGCUAUUUGUUAAAAAUAUCGGCACAAUCAGACAUUAUACAAAGGGCUUUAAAAAAAAAGGAAACUUUGAUAAAUCCUGGGGAAAUAAAUUCUAAGAAGAAAAAUGUCUAAAGCUGAAUAUAGACCCAUACUUAUAAGGCUCCUUCUUGAACCCAUAUGCUUUGCAGUUCACUCUGGCAAUGCAACCCAAAAGUCUAGUGUUUUAGGUUCAGUGCUGGUGAUGUGUGAUCUCUUGGCAUUGUCACUUUGGUGCCCAACAUGAAGUGCUUUAUGAAAGAGCAGAUUUCUGUUGCGGACUCUGGCGUUUGUGGCCAACGCUGUGCUAUCUGUGUGGUAAAUGCACUGCUACACACCUUGCAUGGUACUUGCAACAGAGCCCACUACUUACCAAAGAUGCAGUUCUAGAAAGAUUACAGCAACCUGUUUGGAAUUGAAUCUUCCAUGUGCGAUUAUUUUCCUUGCUCUUUAAAACUGGAACGUUAUUAAUCUUCCAAACGAAAUACUUUUGAAACAAAAUGGUAUGAUGGUACAAAAGUUGAUGGUAUAGUGUCUUUUAAUAUUUCUAGCAGGAUCAAUCUAUUAUUUAUUUAGGUUACACAGUUUAUAUAUAGCUUUUCCAGUAUUGUCUAGAAUAUAUGAGCACUGUUAUAUUAAAUUACCUCAGCAGGCUGCUUUUAUCAGUUCCCUGUGCUGAGUGUUCUUAUGGUGUUCUCCCUGGGUAACAGUAUAGUUACUGUCAUUAUAAACUAAUGGAGAGAAGGUAAAACAAUUGACUGGUAAUGGAACCGUUUUUGAUGUGAGGUUGCCCGGUUUUCUUUUAAAAAAAGACCACAUAAUGACUUUCAUCACGGCAAUCAAGCACAAUCAAAUGGAGCUACAGUGUUAAAACUGGUUCCGAUAGACCGGCUCAUUACCACCUGUAUUAAAGUAUUAAACCCUGUGGUAUUUAUGCUCCCUGUUCAGAUCUAGUAAAGUUAUUGUACCUCAUUAACCUCUGUAAAGACUCAGCUUUUGCAGAGACAGUCUGCGUGGCAUAUUCAUAACCCCACCCACCUUUUUUGGAGGCCUCCCCCAGCCAGAUUAAAUGGUGCCGUUGGUAUUCAUAUGUGAGUGAAAUGUGCAAGAUUGAACAUGGGCCACUGUCCAAAUGUUCAGCUGGAUUUCACCUUUUAGUUGCAAAGCUUUUAACUGAGGGCCCGUUGUGAUGUUCAAGAACACAAAGCUAUUUGCUUUAAUUAAUUGGAACCCGUUGAUAGUAUGGAAGAUUGCUGUGAGUGAUCAGGGGAUAUUUCUUUUUCAAUUUCCAUACAUAAUUUUAGAAUGCAGUUUAGAGUAGUAAUGAAGUAAUCAUGACAAGUGCCAGCUGAUAGUUUCACACAUUUGUUAAGGGUGCAAGGUUCCUGUGGCAAAGAGUCCUGGAAUUGUGAACGUGCCGUUAGUGUCAUGAUACUACUCUGCUUCAUAGUGCGCCAGUAGUGACUGCAAGCUCAGAAGCAAUAUCUCAGUGAAAUCUGGUUUCUUCUUGAAUAUGAUCUUGCAUUGGUAUCACAUUGAGAUAUGGGAAGUUUUUACACGUGCACUGUGGAAACAGUGCUGCUCCUACAGUAUAUGUAAAGAGGUUAGAUUAUAAAGUUUCUGGGAUAAUUUGACACAAGUACCUUUCAGAAUCCCGCCUGAGGCAUAAUUGAGCACAUGCUGUGCAUUGUCUGCUUAAUGUAUAUUAUUCAAGUGACUUGAUGAAUGAUGACUACAAGUCAAAUAAAAAAGCAGGAUGACUAAAUGUGCUAGAUUCAUAAUUGCAGGGGGAAUCAUUUUAAGGAACCCUCAGACAAUUCCAAAACACUCAUCUCUAGCUCUCCUUCAUAUUUCCAGGCAAUUACUGAUGGCAAUGUGUUGAAGUGUUGUGUGCAGCUGAGAAAUGCUCAGGAUUGCAGGUUCAGAUCCAGGCUGUGCUGCUCAUCUGCUGUGGCUGUGUACCACCUAGUGGUGGCUAGAUUGUUGAUGUGUUUGAUUGAAGGGAAGUCUUUCAGUCAUAAUGGCAGAAUCACCUCUGGGUUUCUGAAGAUCUGUUCCUGGGAAGAAUGUUGAUUUGGGUAUGUAGAUCAUUUGAAAAGCAGAAACAUAUAGUAAUUCACUGCUUUUCUGUAUUUCCAAAGUAGAAUAGUGAUGUCUUACAUAUCAUAGUGUAACAAGAAUUUCCCCUCUCCUGGUUCAGAGCGGGAGAGAAAUAUUAGUUGUACCUGAUGCUGUGGAAAUGGAAUUUGCUACAAAACCUACCAAACUAAUUUUAAAACUGUUUGUAGUGCUUUCAGUCUAGUUGAAUUAAAGAGAAGGAGUGUACUUUUAGCUCUGCAAGAGGGUUUUUAAGUUCUAAGGUUUUUCAUGGGUGAAUUUGUUGGCUUAAUGCCAUUCGUAAUGCAUUAUACUUGUAAUGCAGGUUUACAGAAUAUACAUUCUGUUGCUGAAAAGACAGGACAGAAUGUAUAUUUUAUUUUAAUGUUUUGGUUAAACCACUACUAACAAGGCUAAGUGUUUACACACCAAGAUAUUGGGCCACUACACGAUGCAUUAUUUAUUCACUUUACUGUAGCCUGAAAUGCCUCAUUUGUGUCCAAAUCGAGCUGAGAUUUUAAACUGAAAGAACUGCUGUGGGCCUGCAGCAGAGAGGAAUCGCAGAGAUCUGACUGCCACUUCAGUAGUCUUUGUUUGGAAUCCUUUCCUGCACAUCCGUCAUCCUGUGUGGCAGGUAGCAGCUUUCCUUCUGAUAAAGAACAAAACGCCUUAGCUCUGCUUGACAAAGGGAACCUAGCGAAGACAGGCCUGACAUUUAUAAUCGGUAGUCCAUCUUCAGUGUCAAGAAGCAGUUCAGAAGUAAAAACAAAUGAAGAGUAUUUUUAUGCAUGUAUAUUAAAAAAUGUUCUAGGUACAAUUUCAUUUCGUGUAAUGUUUCUUCCUCAGCUGCAUUUCAUUCCAAUACAGAAUGUUUGACCUUGACAACAUUUUACAUAUGUCCAUAUACAUGUUGUUGUUUUUUUUCUUUUGCUUUUCAAGGACACAAAACAAAACCUCCUCUAAAAUCCCAGUGUUUAAAUGGGAAACUACAACUUACGUUGUGGCCCCUGAGGGUUCUGUAGGUGGUUUUCCACAAGCUUCUUUUUGAGUUUGGCAACAAACGUGGUGUUUUUAAGACUUUUUUCCCCCCCGUGUGACAGUGUAUUGUUUAGCUUAACAGGGGAAGAUGAAGUAGGUAAGUUUCUAGUGUUUGCAUGAGUAGAAACUGGACUCAUUCCCAUACUGGCAUAUUCUUAUGUGGGAUAAGAAUUAACAAUUUGAUUAAUCAAUAGAAGGUCUGUAGAACUUGCCUCUGUACAAAGAUUAUUUUUGCCUUGAUUGCCAAUAUACUAUUUAAUGAAUGACUGUUCAAUUUUCCUGUAUUUUAAUUAACAUGCAGACCUAUGCAAUUCUAGGCAUCGGCUUCUGUCGUACGAUUUCAGUCAAAAUUAAACUAAGUGCUGUAGUUUUUCUUAUAUAGAAUCAGUACUGUUUGUAGUUUUUGCAACGUUAAUGGAUGCUACUACAGCGAUGGCAGGAGAAGGGGGAGGGAUCACGUCAGAGUUUCAAUUUUGUAAUUUUUAAUGUUGGCUUUAAAUAAAAGUACAUAUGUACACCCUUUUAA